CACAAACAUAAGUUCUCGGAGCUCCGCGCGGAUUUCUUUGAUCGGCGCUGGGCCUCCCCGGCGGCGCCUCCGGUGCCGCCCCUGGCGCGCUCCGCGCGGACCUCGGACAGUAUGUUGUGCCGUUGUUUGUCAUUCUAUCCCCAGCCUCUGCUGCGCUCGUCCACAUCUGCCCUCCUGACCCGCUGCUGUGUUGCUCUUGCAGUCAAGAAAUUGCAAGCCAUGACGAAUUUGUGGGUGUGCCCGUGAGUCUCUGGCAGGAAUAUUAGCAAUAAUGGCCUACUGUCGCAGGAUGAUAUUGAUAAUUGUUGCUGCUGUCUAUGUUGUGGACUCUGCAUGUUUAUCGUAUGCCGACAUGGCCGUGCUUGACGGUGCGGAAACUGGCGGGCCCUGCAAGGGCGAGGACCCUUCAAGUGCGAAUGCCUCUUACUAUGGCACCUCGGUUGUGAUUUGCCCGGGGGUCGAAGCCAUUCCGGAGUAUGCGUUUCAAGCAUGCUCUGCGCUGACCGAUGUGGAGUUGCCAGAUUCUGUGAUUACCAUCGGGAAUUAUGCUUUCGAAGAGGCGGGACUUGUCAAUUUCACGAUCCCGAACAAUGUGACGUUUAUUGGAUGGUUUGCUUUCUACAACGCUAAGGAUCUAUCCAGAGUUACGCUUUCGAGCUCACUGACAACCAUCGGGCUUUGGGGCUUUAAAGGUACCGCGCUGGUCGAAUUGACCAUCCCAGCGUCAGUCACGGAAAUCGGGGCUCAGGCUUUGGACGUUGACACGCUGACCACGGUGUAUAUGCCUGGACAUGACGAAGACGCGGUGGCUGAAUUCACAGGCGCUUUCGGUGCGUCUGAUCCGACGAUCGUGGCGGCCACCCGCACUGCGACAAGCAGCUGGUCGUCGUCGACCAGCGUGUCGUCUACCGGGUCGUCGUCGACCAGCGUGUCGUCGACCAGCGUGUCGUCUACCGCCACCAGAACCUCGUCGAGGCACACCACCACAGAGACUACCUCGGCACCCGCUACCUCCACGCAGUCAAGCGUGUCGACUCUGUCGGCGACCAGCACUUCGUCGACCUCGGUGACCAGCGUGCCGAGUGCGCUGGCCCAGGCCCGCGCUUGGACGCGCCUGGUGAGCCCGGCGUCAACAGGAGCGCAGGAGCUGGACGUGGAGUCCCAGGAGGGCUUCAGCGAGGGGGACACCAUCGUCAUCGCUGGCGCAGGGCACUCAGAGGUGAGCACGAUCUCCGCAUUCGGAUCAUUCAUUCUCGACGCGCCUUUGGAGAAUAGCUACCCUGUGGGCUCCCUAGUCACGGUUUCUACACCGGCGGACACGCCCGAGUCGGAAACAUCUUCGAGCGCAGUUAUCAUAGUUGCCGUAGUGUCUUGCGCUUUCUGCUGCAUGGUCGGCAUCGCAGGCUGGCUGAUGUCAAGAUAUUUCAGAAACGACAAGUUCAGGGCUAGAUCUUCAGACGGCCCUGCAUUAGAUCCUCCCGACCUAGUUCAGCUGAAGGUGGGCGAUUGUUCAGGUGGGCUUGCACAUGAGGAGACGGUGGACGAUACUUCGGAUGGGCUUACGCUGGCCCAGGUGGAGACCGACAAGCAGCUUAAGAGUAACACACGGGCCUGGUGGAAGAACGCAGGGUCUGGCAAAUUCGCGACGGUCGUUUCAGAAGGCCCCGAGAGGAAUCUCGGUAUCCCAGCGCAGGAUGGCGUUGGCAUGUACUUCUGGUUCAUUUCCCGCAGGAGCUUUCUGGGCCUGUCUGAUGACCAGCGCCUUCCCCGUCACCAGACGUUAAGGGACGCAGGUAUGCUGGAGCGCCUGUACAUCACGGAUCAAGACGUUAUCAGCGGCAAGGCCAGGCGAGGCAAGGCUGUAGUUAGCCAUCGUUGGAGCAGGGACAAUCACAUUGACCCUGACUGCGUUAAGCUGAAGAAGCUGAAACAAGUUUUGCGCAGUGACCCCAGCAUCGAAUAUCUGUGGCUCGAUUGGAUAUCGAUACCACAGAAAUUUCUCGAUAACGGCAUGGAAGGUUGGCAUACUGAUGAGGACAAGGCCGAACUCGACCUGACGUUGAAGAACGUAUUGUCGUACCUCUACCUCGGGUGCACGGUGCUCUUGCUGUGGGACCCGGGCUGCAGCCACCGCUUCUGGACCAGCGCGGAGGCUUGGACGUCCAUGCGCGCGGUGAGCGAAGAGGGGGUCGUUCCGGCGUGCAGCGAGCGCCUCCGCCUGCAGGUCUUCGUCAUCAGUGGAGACACGGGCAUCGGGAACGACGCCGCGCGCGAGCACGUUGCCGACCUCUGGCUGCACAGGUCCGCGCAGGAGGCGGCCGCGGCGCUCGGGGGUGGCGAGUACGCCGCCUCGGUCGCUGGGGACAAGGCCGUCGGCAUCGAGGCCAUCCUCAGGCUCGGCGGGCGCGUCCAGGAGUCUGUCCGUACGCAGUCCGCCUCGCAGGGCAUCGUCACCUCUCUCUGACUUCGACGGGCAGGGCCUCCUUACGGAACUCAGGCCGCGGAGCGGCCCCCGGACCUGUCUGACCUCUUUGAUCUAGCCUCUCUGCGGCGCUCCGGCCUGGGAGCGGCGCCCCCCCCCCCGGGGCGCCCGCUGCGUGCCCUACAGAGUGGGCCGCGGGGCCCCCGGGGGCUCUCGGCCGCACGUGGCUCUGAGGGGCUUCAGGGGCCGCGCCUCCCGGGUCCCUCGGGGGCGGCUGGGUGGUUGCCGCGGUGGUGGUUGCUGCUGCUUGCCCGUGCAGCUGCGAACUGCCCAGGUAGGCUUCAGUAGGCCUACUCACCAGAUCGUAAUCUGCACGCUGGUUGGCUGGAUUGGCAGGCUGCCCACGCAGGACCCCUGCCCCGCUGGCCACCCUCUGGGAGACUACGGAGUGGCGGUUAGCAGCUUCGGGCACGUGUUUCUGACGCUUCGAGCUGGUUUUGCACACUGGCGCAACCACCACCGCCCCAGUCACCGUGCUUCUGUAGCACGUGGGGGCCUGUAUGUCCUCGAAGCUUCGCCUUCAGCGAGCAUUAGCGUCCGCCAGCGUGCGGUAAUUGAUGAGAGAGCGCCGCUUCGGCGUCGAUGUGGCGCCGCUCGGCGUCCGUUAGCGUCGACUCGCCGGUUGGCGUCGAUUUGGCGCCGAUCAGCGCCGGUUUGGCGUCGAUUUGGCGCCCAUCGGCGUCGGUCGGCGUCCGUUCGCGUCGACUCGCAGGAGCCAUCAAGAUGACAUCGGGAGGCUCCCACCAAUUGCCACCGGGCCACUCCGUGGGCCUGGGAGAGCCCGCCCCCCAGGGCUCGGGCCGGGCGCGCCUCCGCCGCGGCCGUCCAGACGCCGGCGGCCCCGCAGAGGCCGCGCCCCCGCGCUGUGCUCCGACCUCCGGCCUCCCUCGGGCGGCAAGGACGAGCGCAGACUCGCGGCCUGAGGCGCAUCCCUGCCCCCGUGAUUGGCAUCGCCUUACGCAAGCAGACGAUCUCAAGGAUUCCCUCGGUCUCUGAGGGCGCGCCCUUAAUAUUGGAAAAAACAUGUUCUACCGCUGCUGGCGGAAGACCGAGGGGGCAGCGGUAUCGGUAUCUCUUCGUUCCCCCCUGAUCUCCCCUCCUCGGCGCGCCCAUUCGCGCGCUGCCCCACCCUCCUAAUGUAAAUUACCGCCUGCGCGUGCGCGUCCAACCAUCCUUGCGCAAUGACCUCGCAGAGGCGAUGGCUGUCUCACCCACCGUGUGCGUGGCGGGCGCAACGCGAGCGCCCGCGCAGUUGGCGCCCUGGUCAGUCUGUGGUGGGCCGCUCCUCGCGAGGGCGGGCCCGAGGUGGUGCGAGGGGGCAGCGCACAACGGGG